CGUUCUUAUGUCAUUUUCUCCAGGAAAAUUAUCCUCCAAAUUUUAGGUUAUAACGCGUUUUUGAGCGUUUUAAGCUCUAAAACUUAAAAAAAUGAUGUCCCUAAAGGUGUUGACGCGUUUCUUCCACAAUCAAACACCAUGUUUGGCAGCCGAGAAGUCCCUCUUGGCUACGUUACGAAAGAAGACUGGGUAUACGUUUACUAACUGUAAGAAGGCACUUGAAAUGCACAAUAAUGACUUAAAACAAGCUGAGGAGUGGCUUAAACAACAAGCUCAGUCACUAGGUUGGGCCAAAGCAACUAAACUGGAAGGCAGACAAACUUCUCAAGGUUUAAUAGCCCUCACAGUCGAUAAACAAAAUGCCGCACUAGUUGAGGUCAACUGUGAAACAGAUUUUGUUGCAAGGAAUAAAGAGUUUCACAAGAUGGUACAUGAGGCUGCUGUGAGUUGUUUAAAUUUCACCCAGCAACAGCCAGAAAGUAAUAUUUCAGUGACCAGGUUUUUCAUGAAUGACACUCAAUUAAAAACCCUCCCUACACAAGAUGGUAAAAGCCUAGCAGACCACUUAGCAUUGAUGAUUGGAACAGUUGGUGAAAAUGCAUCUUUAAGAAGAGCCCUAGGGGUCAAAGCUCAUAAAGAUGUUCACUUAUCAGGAUAUGUGCACCCUUCAGGUAGUGGUAGUUCGGUUUCAUUAGGAAAAAUUGGAGCAAUAGUAGCCCUAAAACAAUUAGCUUCCAAAGAAAUAGAUUUAGACAAAGUUGGUAAAGAAUUGUGUCAGCAUAUUGUAGGAAUGAAUCCUAAAAAGAUUGGGACGUUGUCUGAUAAGCCUGCAAAAGAUAAAGAAGAAGAAACUUGUUUAAUUCAUCAAGAAUUUUUAUUAGAUGAUAAUGUAACAGUGAAAGAAAUAUUAGAUGAACAUGAAAUAGACAUAGUUGAUUUUAAAAGAUUUGAGUGUGGUGAAAACACCAGUGAAGUUGCUGAUCAACCUCUAGAAUAUGUAGAAACGUGUCAGUAAAUGUUAUUUUGUUAUAAAAGUUAAAAUUAUAUUUCAUUAAAAAAGUUGAAUAAAAAAUGGGAAAUUCUA